CUUUCUUUCUCUUUUCCCUUUCUCUCUUUCUCUAACACUGUCUCUUUGUUUGAUGUGAUUCUCCACUAUUAUCUCACAAAAACCCAACAAAACUUUACAAAAAGGAAAAGAAAGAUCAAGAAACCAUGGUUUUUACCCCCAUCCCAGCUUAUCUUGAUCCAGCCAACUGGCAACAACACCCAAAUCAUCAAGCUGGUCCUAUUAGCAGUGCAAGUGCCCAUCAUCAGCUUCCUCCUCCUCCACCACCGCCACCACCUCAACAACCACAUGGAGGAGGUGGAGCAGGCUCGAUCCGGCCCGGUUCGAUGGCCGAUCGAGCUCGUUUGGCCAACAUACCGAUGCCAGAAGCAGCAUUAAAAUGCCCAAGAUGUGAAUCAACUAACACAAAAUUUUGCUACUUCAACAACUACAGUCUUACACAGCCUCGUCACUUUUGCAAAACUUGUAGAAGGUACUGGACUAGAGGAGGUGCCUUAAGAAAUGUUCCGGUUGGAGGUGGAUGCCGUAGGAACAAAAGAAGUAAAGGAAGUAGCUCGAAAUCUCCGGUCAGUGGUGACCGACAAGCAGCUUCUGGCUCCUCAAGCACGAUUUCUUCGAACAGUACUGGAAGCACUGAUAUUUUGGGCCUUGGACCUCAGGUUCCUCCACUGAGGUCCAUGGCUCCUUUGCAACAUCUUACUGAAUUUGGUGGCAGUGAUAUUGGGUUGAAUUGUUGGACAAUUUCAGCUCCAGUUGGAGGAACAAGUGAUUUAAGUUUUCAAAUAGGAAGCGCUUUAGCCAGUGGAGCUGGUGGUGCUGGUGCUUCUCUUGGUACUUCUCUUUUAACUAUGAGUGGUUUGGAUCAGUGGCGGCUGCAACAAGCGCCGCAAUUUCCCUUUCUAGGAGGCUUGGAAUCUUCUUCCGGGUUGUACCAAUUUGAAAGUGGAGGUGUUGAUCACCCAUCUGGUUAUGGAGGUGGAGCUGGUCAUCAGGUUCGGCCUAAGAUAUCAAGCUCAACGGUAACCCAGAUGGCUUCACUGAAAAUGGAAGAUAUUAAUAAUCAGCAGGAACUGAAUUUGUCAAGGCAAUUUUUGGGGGCUCCAGGAAAUGAUCAGUACUGGGGAGGAACUGCAUGGACAGAUCUUUCCAGUUUCAGCUCUUCAUCCACUACCAAUCCUUUAUAGAUUUGGUUCUGAUCUCUCUCUUGUUUCAAAAACAGCGUGCUGAAGCUUCGGGUUUUUUGUUAGUGUAGCUUGAUUAAAGAAAAAUUAACCAUGGUGAAGACUAAAGUUACUUACUUCCCAACUCCUUAUGGCAUCAAUGAUCAAACCUGCAGACACCCUUAUCAAAGAUGGAUCAUGACUUGGGUUCCUCAAAAAUCGGCUUAAACCCUAGAAAUUGGUAGGCUUUUUUUUGUCUUUUUUUUUUUUUACUAGAAAUGGUAGAUUUCAAUGUAUGAGUAUGUUUUCCCUAGUGAGUGUAUCAGUUUAUAGAGCUUGUAUCUGGCAUAUACUGAUGAUGAUAUGCACUGCUCAAAAUCUAUCUGUUUAAGUCCUGUCAUAUGAAAAUUAAUGCCUCUUGAUGAUCUUCUUACAAGAGAAGCAACUUAGUUAAUUACAUUGCUAGUUCAUAAUAUAAUCGAAUUAUUAAUCAUUUGAAUUCAAAAAUUUUAAACAAAAUUAU